AUGGCAUAUGACUCUAUCUGCUGGUACUUGCCGUCCUCCUCCACCGCCGCCUUUGUCCCGUUGCGGUCCGAGCUGGGGGGCCACCCGGGCAAAGGCAGCCGCGGCGCUGCUCUACGGCCCACGGAGCCUCCAUCCACACGCCGCAACAACAACAUGCUCACCCGGGUCAAGUCUGCUGUGGCCGGCUUCAUGGGUGGCAUCAUGUCAAGUGGGGGCUCUGCGGGAGGGGGCAACGGAGGCUCAGAGCUGCCCCUCAAAUUCCCCUACAUGAGACCCGAGUUCUUGGGACUGUCCCUGGAUGAGAUUGAGUGUUCUGCGGAUCAUGUAGCUCGUCCCAUCCUCAUUUUGAAGGAGACCAGGAGAUUACCGUGGGCUACAGGAUAUGCGGAGGUGAUUAAUGCCGGUAAAAGUGCCCUGAACGAGGACCAGGCCUGCUGUGAGGUGGUGGUGGCAACUCGAAGACGUCCCAUGAGCUACUGCCCCCCUUCCACGCCCAGCAGGACCCCCACAGCCAAGAGGCGCAACUCCCUGCCUAACGGAGAGAGCAAUGCACUGCACGUGGACUAUGGCCAAAUGGGAGAGGACAAUGAAGGCCUGGUGUACCACUAUUGGGCCUUAUUUGAUGGUCAUGCUGGAUCAGGAGCAGCCGUGGUAGCAUCCAGAUUGCUACAGCACCACGUUGCCUGUCAGCUGCAAACUGUUAUUGAAAUCCUCAGAAACGGAGCCUCUCCCGCUCCCACUAUUCUGGGGGAAGAGCCAGAGAACCCCUACCUCCAGGGAACCACUCUGGGACCACACAGACCCACACUGACCAGGGCAGCUUCACUUCGGGGCGCAGCAGGAGCACCAGGGUCACCUUCUAACACCCCACCUCCACCAAGAUUCUUCACAGAGAAGAGGGUCGUGCAUGAGAGUCUAGUCAUAGGUGCAAUUGAGAAUGCCUUCAAAGAAAUGGAUGCACAGGUAGAAAGAGAGAGACACGUGUUCAACAUCUCCGGAGGCUGUACUGCGCUCACAGUCAUUUACCUCCUCGGCAAACUCUAUGUGGGGAAUGCAGGAGACAGCAGAGCCAUCAUCGUUAGAAACAAUGAGAUCAUCCCAAUGUCAACAGAGUUCACCCCUGAGACGGAGAGACAACGGCUCCAGUUCCUUGGCUUCAUGCAGCCUCACCUGUUAGGAAACGAAUUCACACAUCUGGAAUUUCCCCGGAGAGUGCAGAGGAAAGAAGUGGGCAAGAGAAUGCUGUACCGCGACUUCACCAUGAACGGCUGGGCAUAUAAAACCAUUGAGGAUGAUGAUCUCAAGUUCCCUCUGAUAUUUGGUGAGGGCAAGAAGGCACGAGUUUUGGCGACUAUUGGAGUAACACGAGGACUUGGAGAUCAUGAUCUCAAAGUCCAUGACUCAAACAUCUUCAUUAAACCAUUCCUUUCAUGUAUACCUGAGGUGAGAGUGUACAACUUGAUGCAGUAUGAGCACGGAGCAGAUGACGUCCUGGUGAUGGGAACUGACGGACUCUGGGACGUACUCUCCAACCAAGAGGUGGCUGAAUCUGUCACAACGUUUCUCGCUAACUGUGACCCGGAUGAUCUGCACAGAUACACCAUGGCGGCUCAGGACCUGGUGAUGCGUGCCCGAGGCGUGCUACGGGACAGGGGCUGGAGGAUCACCAACGAGAGGCUGGGCUCCGGAGAUGACAUUUCAGUCUUCAUCAUUCCCCUCAUGUACGGCAACCGCCAGCACUGA